UAGCCAAAGUGGGAGUGGAAUUGUUACCCCUGCCGGCGAAAAUGACGUGACAUCCAUCGCCUCCGCAGCUCCCAAGCCCCAACUUGCGAGCUCGUAUAAAUGGCGAGCAUGGCCGCCCAGAUUCUAGCUGUCAUACAGGCCGGGAACCAGAGCCCAGCACUCCAUAGAGAUAGCUAAUAGAUUAGCUGCUGCAGUCAUCAUAUAUAGACAGAGCUUAUUAAUUAUACUAGUCAUAUAUAGAUAUAUAGCCAGCGAUAGCUAGGCAAACUAAUUAAGGUGGCAUGGACGCGAUCAGCAGCCUGAUGCUGCAGGAGGGGUGGAGGAAGGGCCCGUGGACGGCGCUGGAGGACAGGCUGCUUACCGAGUACGUGCAGCAGCACGGCGAGGGCAGCUGGAACUCCGUCGCCAAGCUCACAGGCCUGCGGCGGAGCGGGAAGAGCUGCCGGCUGCGGUGGGUGAACUACCUCCGGCCGGACCUUAAGCGGGGGAAGAUCACCCCCGACGAGGAGACCGUCAUCCUCCAGCUGCACGCCAUGCUCGGCAACAGGUGGUCAGCGAUCGCGCGGUGCCUGCCGGGGAGGACGGACAACGAGAUCAAGAACUACUGGAGGACGCACUUCAAGAAGGCCCGGCCGUCGCGGCGCGCCCGGGCGCAGCUGCUGCACCAGUACCAGCUGCAGCAGCAGGAGCAGCGCCGCCAGUACCUCCAGAGCCUGCAGCUCCUGCAGCAGCAGCAACAGCAACAGCAGGAGAUGCUGCUCCAGCAGCAGAACCAGCAGCAGCUGGUGGUGAAACAACAGCAGCUGGAGCAGCAGAGCCCGCCGGAGUCUGAUCACCAGGCCGUGAUGGCGAUGAUGGACAGCCUGCAAAGCACGGCGGAGUGCUACUGCAGCCCGGUGUCGCCGAUGAUGUCGGUGCCAGUGCCGGAGCAGUGCUGCGCGCUCCCGGCCGACGACGACGCUAUGCUGUGGGAUAGCCUGUGGAGGCUGGUGGACGGCGAGGGAUGCGGCGACGGUGACGGCUCCAGCGGCGGCGAGUACUAGCCGGCUAGUACGUACGUGUGCGUGUGUAUGCCAGUGUAAAAAAAAAAGAAAGUGGAAGAGGAGGUUCUUCAGGUUUCAGCUGCUGCAAGGCAAGGAUACUGCUAGUGGAAGUAGAGACAUGCUAAUUUUCCUAUGAGAAUAGUUGGUCUUGAUCAUGCUUCAUGUUUUAUUUUUCUUUUACCCAUGAACCAUGAGCAAGUAGCAUUGUAUCAAAGGGCCCUCUGUUUACGCUAUCCUGUUACAAGGUUGAAAUACCUUCAUGUAAUUUUGGUUUCAAGAAUCAAGAUCAUGUUUUAGCUAGCAUGGAUUUAUUA